GCACGCAAAGCUGGAGGACACGCGCGCCCAGACUUCAGGAAAAGCUCGGAAUAUAAAAACCGACCUGUCCUUUUUGGGCUUUUUCAAGAAAAAGUAUCAAGACAUAGGGGGUUUUGGUCAAGAAAACAAGUGAGAGACGAUGGACGCACAGAAAGCGAGUGAGGUGGAAAUGAAAGAGCUCACUUUGGCAGAAGUAAAAGAUGAUAAAGAUGCAGGGAACACCCAAGUGGAAGGAACAAAAGAUUUUUACAGGAAACUUAAACUGUACAAGUGGAUUUCAGUUUUUUUCCUGGUUCUCACUUUGCUCUUACUGGCUGUGGUUCUUGUUCUGGCUAUCAAGUUAAAUGAAAGUAAGUCGAUCCCAAAGUGUCCAGAGCCAGAACCUCCUACUGAAGAGAAGAAGCCCAGCUAUCCUGUGAUGACAGUGAGCCAAGAAACCUUGAACCAGUGCUCUGAGUGUUCUGAGGACUGGUAUCAGAUGAACACUUUCUGCAUCUUCUUAGCUAAGAAGCGUCUAAACUGGCAUGAGAGCAGGGAGGCGUGUCAGAAACUUGGGGCCGACCUGGUUGUCAUCAACAAUGAAAGAUUGCAGAAUUUUCUAUCUAAAACUACGGGCCUGAUGUACUGGAUUGGACUGCAUUAUUCAGAAAAUAAAUGGAUGUGGGUUAACAAUACCGCACUAACCAAAAGCUACUGGGCCCCCAGGCAGCCAAAACUAGUCCCACAGGGGCACUCCUGCGCACUGCUAAAAGGACAGGGGCCAAACAUGCGCAACUGGCAUGUAAACCCCUGUGAUAUGACCUCACAUUACAUCUGCCAGAAACUUUUGAAAGUUCAAGGAUGAUCAACUAACCAUUACAUAAAUCUGCUACAUUUGCAUUUAUUAUCGUCUUUGUACUUCUUUACUUAACCUUUACAAUUGCAGUUCAUAAAUGGCAACAAAUACAGAAUCAGUAUAUGAAACAAUGAUGUUUCAUAAUACCAGAGGUGUUUUUUUUUUUACAUUUUUGUACUCAAGUACUAGUACUGUUACUUCAGUGAAAUCUUAAUGAAGAACAAGUAAAGUUACCCUUAUAAAAAUCUACUUAAGUACAGUGUAACCUUGAAUUACGAGCAUAAUUUGUUCCAGAAGCUGGUUAUUUCAAAACACUCGUAAACCAAUGCAAAAUGGAAGCUUAAAAUUAUUCGUUCCAAAGCUCAAAAAAAUACAUACAUAAAAAUAAUUAAUACAAAAUAUAAAGUAAAAAUAAAACAAACUAACCUGCAUGUUACUGUAGCUUAAAAAAAUCAUGUGUGUGUAUGUGUGUGGAGCUAAAGUAAGAGGGAUCAAACCCUCGGAAAGACAGAUUAACGGAAAGACUGUUUGAAAAAUUAACAAGGAACAUUGCUAAUGACACUUGCAUGAGCGCAUACUAACGGAAUCACUGCUGUAAGGUAAACAUAAAACAAAUUAACCUGCACUUUACCUUUGAAAAGCAGCUCAGUGUAUUCAUUAGAGAGAGAGAGAGAGAGUGUGUGUGUGUGUGUGUGUGUUUAUGUGUGAGAGUGAGUGAAUGCGAGAGGACGAGGGAAGGAGGGGUGUGUGUGUGUGAAGGCGAGAGAAGGUGUGUGUGUGUGUGUGAAGGGGCACAGUGUCCAAUGACGCGCGCACAGACAAAGUGCUGCUCCUCAGUGCAGGCUGAUACAGAGAGGGAGAGAGAAAAUGGAUCUUUAACCUUUCUAAUGAGAAUUUCUUUUGCUUUACAUGCGCGCACACAAAUGUGUUAUAAAUAACAGUACACGCGUGGUGUACACACGCAUACAAACAAAAUAAUUUUUAAGUUUAAUUCUCACACACGUGGUAAACAUUUGUAAACAUUUGUACACAAAAAAAAAAUACUCAAUUACAGUAACGCAAGUAAAUGUAAUUCGUUACUUUCCACCUCUGCAUGAUACACAGUCAAAUAGAUAGAGAGAGAAAAUGAGAUUUGCUAAUUGUGUUUGUUAAAAGAGUACUUAUUUUACUUGAAACUUUAUUUUUAUUGUCCUCCUACAAAAUCGCUUUGCACUUCUUCAAGACCUUUUUGCACUAAAAUGUUUCCUGAAUGUAUUACCAAAUGUAGACUCAAGUAACUGCCUUUAUAAUUGGCAAAAAAUAUUGUUCUUUUUACAGGAAUUAAAUGUAAAAUAUAUUUUUGUUUCUCAUUA